CUUUUUACAAGCUGAACAUGAUUCUCUAGAGGGAGGGGGCCAGCAUUUUUCAAAAGGGGGCCAUGGCCCCCCAGGCCCCUCCCUCGGGGGCCCCACUGUGUAAAAGCAGAUCAGCAGCAGCGAUGGAUGGCUUCAUUUGGCUGCAUCACGCCCAGGCAGAGGCAUUCAUGGCCAUGCUCCUCUGCCCACGUCUGUGCUUUUUCUUUGCUGAGGGUGCCCGAAUGGACCAAAUGCAGCAGCCGGGAGAAGAGGAAGGAGAAGAAAGUUGAGAAGCCGUUCUACUCCGACUCAGAGGGCGAGUCCGGCCCGACCGAGUCUGCUGACAGCGAGUCGGACUCGGCCAGCGGCUCGGAGAGCGAAGAGAGCGGCGAGGUCUCUGUGUCUCCCUCCUGA